AUGAAAAACGGACAAAUGAAAGAAUCGUGCACUGGUGUCGCCGAUCUUGAAGACGUUCAGCCAGAUAUCUUUGUGGCAUUCUGCGAGUUUGCGUAUCAUGGCACGUACAAUACUCCGAGCCUCGUCGAUGAGCCUGAUGACGAGAAGGGCCAGCUACUCGACAUUUGUAACAGCAACCCGCCUUGCAGUCUUCGUACUGGGGGUUACUAUAACUCAUGCGCACGGAGUUCAAUGGAGAUUUGUUUCGGAAGAUUGAAAUAUCAAACGCAGCCCGUGCCAACAACACACUCGCCCGACUUGCUUUUCCACGCUGAGCUUUAUGUCUUCGCCACCAAAUAUCUCGUGGAGCCUUUGCGCCAGCUCUGUGUCAGCUCCCUGUAUCGCGAUCUAGUUGCGGCUCGGGAACAGAAAAAGCCGGUCAGACUGAUUCUCGAUCUAUUAGCGUACACUUACGCGCAUACCAGCACUGUGGAGCCGGCCGGAGUGUCACCACUUCGCGAGUUGGUUACUCUCUUUGUUGCUGGUAAUGCGAAUUUGUUGUAUCAAGAGGAACGUUUCAAAGAAAUUUUGAGAGACAACAGCGAGUUUGGUCUGGUGCUCAUCCAACUUCUCUGUCAAGUGUGA